AGAUACUAUAUAUAGAAGGGGCAUUCAAUUGGGUAUUCUUAUAGAAGUGCUUUCAUAACUUGAGAGAAAUCUAUUCUAGUCGAACUGGUUUUUUGUUAAUAGGAUUCACAAGUGGGUUCAUAACUUGUGAGAAAUCUAUUCAGUCGAACUGGUCUUUUUGUUUAAAAGACAAAGUUGGUUUAAAACUUUUGAGAAACCAAUCUAUUCAGUCGAACUGGUCUUUUUGUUUAAGAGACAGAAGUGGGCUUAAAACUUGUGAGAAACCAAUCUGUUCAGUCGGAUUGGUUUUUUCUAAAGGAGACACAAGUGGGUUUAUAACUUGUGAGAAAUCUAUUCAGGUGAACUGGUUUUUUUCUUCAUACAGAAUGGGAAGAACACUGUUGGAAACUUAUAGCGAUUCUGCAGAUGAGGAAGUUAUGUUAAGGGAAUCAAAUCUGGUUAUAAUCCUUGCUGCAAUGCUGUGCUCGCUGAUUUGCCUUGUGGGUCUUUUUUCAAUGGUCCGAUGCGCCAUGCGUUGCAGAGGUAGACGACUGGUUAUUCAGUCCACCCAUCGUUUGUUCUUUCCUGUGGUCGACAGAGGCCUCAGCAAAACGGCUCUUCAGGCUCUGCCCGUAGUGGAAUUCACUGUUACCGACUGCCUGGGGGCUAUCGACUGUGCAAUCUGCCUCGCGGAAUUCGACCAAUCGGAUAAGGUGAGAAGGCUGCCCAAUUGCCACCAUUGCUUCCACGUCAGCUGCAUUGAUACCUGGUUUUCCAGCCAUUCCUCUUGCCCUACUUGUCGACGAGGGUGUUCUGUUCAUGCCGAUGAGAAGUGCCCGAAUCUUUCGCUGCCCUGCCCUUCUGAUGCCACGUCAGCUCCGGGUGAGCCGAAUUCAUUGCAUCCCAUUCCCUGCCCUGCGCAUUAUUGGAAUGGAGAACAUACUGCUGAUCGAUAUCUGCCCUGAACUGGAUGGAGGAGAUAUUUUGGGGAAAUUAGGGUUUUCCUCUCUCUCAACUUGUGCUGUAUAUAUUCAGGCGAUGCAAUGUAUUAUACUUCUGUAUUGUGGCUCAGUCUGUUUAAUUCGGCAAAACCCCUCUGUUUUCAAUGCCAAAUAGACUCAUUUUAUCUU